UAGGAGAACCGUAAGACCUGAUGAUGAGUGACUAGGGGCCGUAAAGUGAAUGCGCAUACGAAAGAAAGGAACAACACCAACAACAAUAACAGUGCAGACAGCAGCAAUACUAUACAGCAAAAUAGCAAAAACCGAGCAACUGACAGCCAAAAAGAAACGACUCUCUACUACUGAGCACAUAUACAGCAACGUAGUAUGCACAGGCAUGGCAAAGUAAAGCAAAUCACAAAACACAGUAUAACAUGAAAACACACAUUUCGCUUCACAUCAGCAACAGCAGCAGCAGCAGCACUAGAAGCAAAGUGGCGACGACAUCCAAUUUAAUAAACACAACAUCACAACCAGUCGAGUCAAAUCAUUCGAAGUGUAACGAGGUUUUUUACGAUGCUCAUCGUAAAAUGCACGCGAAAAGUGUACAGAGUAUUGAAUAAGACGCGCUUCGUACACAAACAAUCUCAACAAUAUAUAUUCUCGUAAUUUUUUAACAAAAUUAUAAGAAAUCCACAUAGUGCGCGCGAAUUAUAAUUUCUCACGUUGUUGUGUGUUUUUUUCCCUUCUGUCAAAUAAAUUCGGGUUUUUUUUAAUGUGUGUACGGUGAAUAAUUUAUUUGUGCAAAAGAGAAAUACAGUGCGAAAAGAGAGUAGAAAGAGAGUAAAAUAAAGAGAGUAGAAACAAAUAGUACAUGGUUGACAGCAACAUUUUUAUAAAUACAGAUUUCAUAUACACCAUCAACAAACAAUCACGACAUUUCAAAUGAAUUGUAGAGAGAGAAAAAAAGAGGUAAUGUGAACAUUUGAAGAACAUAGAGAUUUUUGUUUUACAUUGUCAACCGCGACUAAAAAGAGUGAAGUGAAACGGAAACAGUGAAAGAAAUACAGUGCGUUUAUCAUGAUUAUUACUUUCUGUCAUUAACAAAUGAAAAUAAAUUGUGUUAUUUGAUGUGUUUUGUGUAAUGAAAAUAAUGUGGAAUAGAAAAUAUGAUUCUCGAUGGAAUAUGAAUUACAAAAUACAUCACAAAAUCUUGAAUAAGCCCGACAGAAAUAACACAUGAAAAUAAAAGAGAAAUUUAACAAAGAACGUAGAACACAGUAAACGCGAGAGAAUUUGAUAGAAUUGUUGUGUUCUUAACUUUAUCUAAAUAUUGAAUUCCGUCGGCAGCAAAAAAGCAAAAAUUACAACCACAUCCAAUGAUAAUAUUGAUAUAUGUGUGAAUCACAAACAAAAAAGGAACACGUGAACGAUUCUCAUGAAUUGCCAUUAUAGUUCGUUUGGUAUCGAACUUGCAAACACCGAAUCAACGAGUGAUCUCACUUGUUGAAAAUCAGUGGUGCUGCUGUUGAGCGCGGACAUAAAAUGGCAAACGUUUCACACGAUGACACUGUACCAUGUUUUGAUAUAAUCAAUUCAACUAGCAGCGAACACAAUCAACAAAUAAAUAAUAAUUAUGCGACCAACACGAAACUGGACAACAUAUGUGCCAGAAUCGGAAAGUGCACUUCGAAAAAAGUGUAUUGAAUUAUCACCAUCAACGUUCCCAUUGUCGUCGUCAACGUCGAACAGUGUGAGCGCAACCAGCCGAUGCAAUCAAAACAAUAACAAUAAUCAAAUAAAAGAUUGCAACGAUCAACCGCCCCAGUUACAGCAACAGCAGCAGCCGCCGCCACCACCGCUGCCAUCACUUUCGUCACAACAGCGAAAUGGUAUGAAAUCGAAUUUUCGUAAAAGUAGCGAUAGCAGUGUGAAUAAAACAUCGAUCGCCAUUCAUUUCGAUGACUAUCACAAUAAUGCAAUCUUUGCAUUAUCGUCAAUACCAGCAGAAAAACCACAUAACGAUACGACGACAAAUACGCUAAAAUCAACGGGCAUUGAUAAGAAUUUUGAAAAUAGUACAACGGUUAAUGCAACCGAUAUUGAUGUCGAUUGCGAUAAAUCGUCAACAAAUUUGGAACGUGCACCGCUCAUACAAUUAAGCCCCAAUAAAUCGAUUACACUCGUUAAGCAAAACAGCACCUCCUUAAUAUUUACAAAGAAAGACGUGAAUCCAGUUGUGCAUCGCAAACGAAUUACAUUGGUUCAAAGUAGUGGCACACAUUCAAAUAGUGAAAUAACAACAACAGCGGCGGCAGCAGCAGCAUUGUCACCGACCAGUGACGAUAUCCCCAUCAUCGGUCACAUCGACGAAACGAUAUCAUCGCCAAAAAAACGCCACAGUUUUCAUUGGCAUUCCGAUCGUAGCGGUGGCAUUAGCCCAUCCGAUAAAUCCAAACGAAAACAAAUUAAAUCGUGGUACGCUGUCAUUGGUUCACCGUCGGUUCGAGAAUUAACAUUUGAUAGUGAUAUAGAGGAAACGUUUGAGUCACCACACGCUAUUAGAAAUGGUUUAAAUGAAGAUUUAAUAACACAUCAAGAACAAGGUGAAUCAACAAAAAAUCACGCUCCAAUUUCCUAUCGACAAAAUCAGUUAAACACACAGGAAAUGGGACAUCAUGCAACUACAUACGGAGUUGCAUCUGGAUCGAAAUACAAUCGAUUCGAGCAACUACUUAAAAAUCUAGUCGGACGCAAAGUGUCACGGGAACCGCCAACAACAGCGACAACAACAACAACAAUUGCACCAUCACUAUCCACAUCGGCAAUCAUUGGCAACAGCAUUGUAUCACAAUCACAUACGAUCAACAAUACGUAUGAUGGUAAGAAAGCAUCAACAACAUCAUCAUCAUCAUCUUAUAGUUCAAAUGAUACAGUUAUAUCGCGUAAAUAUUCGGCUAGCGGUGAUGAUACAAUAUCAUGUGCAUCACGAUGUGAUGAUUAUGCUGCCGCCGAUCAACAAUUGAAUCAACCGUUGCUGGUCACAUCGCCCGAAAUAAAAAUCUCUCGAACGCCAUCCGUGCAUAAUUUAUUUCGUAAUGACAAGUGCUUAAUGUCUACCUCAUCAGCAUCGACCACAUCAUUGAAUGCAACCGUGCAUCAACGAUUGUGGAGCGUUGUGCCACUAUUACGACGUGAGGGCAGUUGUGCCAGUUUGAAUCAGAACGCAAGUGCAAAGCCAUUGAUUCAUCAGCGCUCGGAUGUAGGACUGAAAAAAUGCGAAACUGUAUCCGCCUUGACUCAUUCACAAACCACAUCGAAUUUUGAACCGAUCAAACCCAGAAAUCGACUUCGACAAAGUCCAUCCGUUGCAACAUGCUCACGAUGUUCAAGCAUUCUAUCGUUGGCCGCCAAUGGAUCACGAUACUCGUUGAACAUCGCAAACGGUGGAUUUGUUGCAAUUAACAGUAAUUUAGAAAAAUCAACGUCGAUUCGCGACGACAUCAACAAAGCUGACCAAGCAUCAUUGAUAAGAGCAUCAUUAACAUCGCUAAGCACGUCGCCAUCGACAGCAGUUGCAUGCAAACUAUGUUUAAACGAUGUUAAAAUGGACAAAAUGACAAGGAUUCAACAAUGCGGUUGCCAAUUUUGUAUAGACUGUAUGAAAGCGUAUGUGGAAUUUGAAAUUCUCGAAGGUGCAUACGAAAUUUCAUGUCCGGAUGCGUUAUGCCCACACCAAGGCAUCAUGGAUAUUGAGAAUGAUAUUAGCAAAUUGGCGUCCACCGAUCUGCUUGAGAAACAUAAACGUUUUCGAUUAAAUCGAGAAAUUGAACUGGACAAAAAUCGUACGUGGUGCCCUCGAGCUGGUUGUGAAACAGUGUGUCUUGUCGAACCGAAAUCAAAAGAUAAGGGAAUUGCUGGUCAAUCUGGUUCUUUGAUGUCACUCGCUCCAGUUGCUGUCAAAUGUCCAACAUGCGUUGAAGAGUUCUGUUCAAGUUGCAAAAAAGCGUGGCAUCCAUUGAUGACCUGUGAAGAGAAUACACGACGAUUGGCUGCAAAUGGCGCUGAUGAUAGCAUUGGUAUACCGUUUGAUACGGAUUUGAUCAAAUGCUGCCCAAUGUGCGGUGUUCCAAUUGAAAAAGAUGAAGGCUGUGCUCAAAUGAUGUGCAAACGAUGUAAACAUGUUUUCUGCUGGUAUUGUUUAGCCAGUUUGGAUGAUGAUUUUUUGCUACGGCAUUAUGAUAAAGGUCCGUGCAAAAAUAAGCUGGGCCAUUCACGUGCAUCGGUUGUAUGGCAUAGGGCUCAAGUGAUUGGAAUAUUUGCCAGUUUUGGCAUUUUACUAUUGGUUGCAUCACCGUUGUUGCUGUUGGCCGCACCGUGUAUCGUGUGCUGUAAAUGUCGGGCCUGUUCAAACAAAUUGGAAGAAGUUGACAAUGAUUUUGAUGAUGGUGGUACCCAGAAUAGAUAACGUAAUUUCAACAGCCUAUGGAACAGAUAGAAAUCGUUUGAAAAAUUAAAAAAAAAAGAAAAACAUAAAAUGAAACCUAUUUGAGCCUUCAAACAACAACAACUAUAAAUCAUGUACUUAAAUAACUACUACUACUACUACUAUUACUAUUACUGCAACAACAACAAAAAAAAAACACAAUUUUUUCGAUUGGUUUCAGACAACCAAAUAUUUAUAGAUUUACUAUAUGUAUUAUUAUUGUAUCGGAGUCCGAAACAGAACUUAGACAAAGACGAUGAUUUCAUAUUAUUAUUAAUAUUAUUAUAUUAUAUUUUAUUUCUCUUCUUUUUUUUUUUUGUUAGAUAAGACUGAAUGAACAAUGUUUGUUUUUUUAUUAUAAGAAAACAGAUGGAGACUAUAUGUUGAUAAGAAAACAAAAAUGUGUUAAAAAAAAGAGAGUAACAAAUGGAAAUGAAAUUCGAUUUGUAGUAGACAAAAAGAAACUAUUUUUUUUAUCUAAU